UGCGGGCGGGUCGGUGGAUGCGGGGCUCCGGGCCGCUCGGAGGCCCCGCGGCCCUGUGGCCGCUGCUGGCCGUCCACGUGGCGACGGCGCUGGAGCCCGUGAGCAUGGGCGUGGCGGCCGUCGGGGCCGCGUCGGCGCUCACCGGCCUCUUCUCCUACACCAAGCUGUACUGCCGCUUCGCCGAGUGCUGCGUGGAGGAGCGGCCGCUCGACGCCGCGGCCCUCAAGCGGGACUUGGAGGAGAAGCUGUUUGGACAGCACCUGGCCACAGAAGUGAUCCUCAAGGCCCUCACCGGCUUCCGGAACAACAAGCACACCAAGAAACCACUGACGCUGUCCCUGCACGGCUGGGCUGGGACAGGCAAGAAUUUUGUCAGCCAAAUUGUGGCUGAAAACCUUCAUCCUCAAGGUCUGAAGAGUAAAUUUGUCCACCUGUUUGUAUCAACUUUGCAUUUUCCUCAUGAGGAGAAGAUGAAAAUGUACCAGGACCAACUACAGAAGUGGAUUAGGGGAAACGUGAGCGCGUGCUCCAGCUCUGUGUUCAUUUUUGACGAGAUGGACAAAUUGCAUCCCGGGAUCAUUGACGCCAUCAAGCCCUUUCUAGACUACUACGAGCAGAUUGAUGGGAUCUCCUACCGCAGAGCCAUCUUCAUCUUCCUCAGCAAUGCGGGAGGGGACCUUAUAACUAAGACAGCGCUGGACUUCUGGCGGACAGGAAGAAAGCGGGAAGAGAUCCAGUUGAAGGAUCUGGAGCCUGUGCUGUCGGUCGGGGUCUUCAACAACAAGCACAGUGGCCUGUGGCACAGCGUGCUGAUAGACCGGAACCUUGUCGACUACUUUAUCCCCUUCCUACCCCUGGAGUACAGACAUGUGAAGAUGUGCGUGCGGGCCGAGAUGCGGGCCCGCGGUGCUGCCGUAAAUGAGGACAUUGUCACCAAGGUGACAGAUGAAAUGACGUUUUUCCCCAAAGAUGAGAAGAUCUACUCAGACAAAGGCUGCAAGACGGUGCAGUCACGGCUGGAUUUCUAUUGAGGGCCUCUGUGUGCGGGCAGAGAGGAGCCUGGGGCCCGGCACCCCUGCACCCGGAGCCCUGCCACGGAGAAGCACAUUGGAGGCCUUUGGGCAGUUUGCACCUUCAUUACCUGUCAACUUGCGGGACCGGAAGUUGCUAAGAGUCGGUUUUGAAGACACUGACCAUGGAUGGAGCCUGGCAGCAGCUCCGUUCGUUCCUGCCAUUGCAGGCAAGUGCCUGGCGGCGGCCCUCAGCUCCCAUGCCUCGGAAGCGCUGCUGGGGUCAGGAGGGUCAAGGCCCUGCCGCGGUGGGCACGGCCCCUCUGCCGCCGGCUCUGCAGCGCACUCGCAGGCCUCAAGGGUCUCGACUUGAGGUGAGUGGCAGCAGUGGGUGCUGACGGUGUCUGCGGGGAGGACUUGGUCCUGCACACCUGUGUCCGCACCCCAUUGUCGUGGGGAGGGCUUGCUCCUGCACGACCGUGCACCCCUGUGUCUGCGGGGAGGACUUGGUCCUGCACACCUGUGUCUGUGAGGACCACACGACCGUGCACCCCUGUGUCUGCGGGGAGGACUUGGUCCUGCACACCCAGCUCUUGGUGUGUGCUAACCCCUGGUCCUCCAGCUCAGGACACAGUUCUCUUGGGUCUGGCCCUGGCUCUGCCUGCUGCCCACAUCCUGUCCCCUGCUUUGUAUGGGCCCAAGCCUUCCUCGAAGCUUGUCUUCUGGGUACAGUGACCUCCUGACUCCCCCAGCCCCAGCAUUGCUGGUGGCUCAGCACGCGCGCACACACACACACACACACACACACACACACACAGCACACCCUGUACAGUGCAUACACUGCACGCACAGCAUACCCUGUGACAUUCUUGCCUGUUACACUAGGUGCCAUUGUCAAGCUCAGCUACUCCAGGCAGAAUCGCUGGAGUGGGGAGGGCAGGCCUGCUCCCCACGGCUGAUUCCUGCCAGGCCAGCACACUGCUGACAGGCCAGGUGUCCUGCCACAGAGAUGCCUGGCUUUUACAAGCACAAGUGUGGUUUUUUUCAUAUUCUUCUGCGUUUUAUGAUAAAGCAUGAGAUGUAUUAAAACCUAGGAAAAGCUGGGUGCC